UUCUUUCCUGAGUCCUCAUGUAGACUUUUGCCACAGUCCCAUAUCCCAUAGAAACUUCUCUCUUCUGUCCCAAAGUGCCCACGACAAAUUCAAAAUCCAACUGUGAGAGAGAGAGAGGGGGGGGGGGGGGCAGCCUUUUUCGUACCUCUGGUUCUCUGGUGUUCAUCUUACUUCAAUAAUUUUCCCAAUAAAUCUUUUUGUCUGGAUUCUUUCUUCCUCUUUACCAAACACCAAAACCCUAGAUUUUCUCCGUUCAAUCAUCUCCCCCCCUUGCCCCCAGCUUUCUAUCUCAUCCCCUAUCUCUCCUUUUGUUUUCUUACCCGUUACCUCUGACAUUCUGAUUUUUGCUUCUCUGAUUUUCCUUUGCUUAAAUUUCUAUGGGGCUUCUCCUGCAAUCGGCAACUUUUGCUUUCUGACUAUGAACGUCAACAAUGUCGGAUGACAUGCUAGUGCAUUUCUCGUCCAACUCUUCCAACCAAUCGGAUCAGUCAUUACCUACUAAGAUUGCAAAGCUUGAAGCUCGAAUGGUGGGCAAGGCUUCGUCCGCAGUUGCCGCCACUCUUUCGUCUGCCCAGCAGUCAACUUGGUCUUCAGUUCCUUCAGCUGCAAAAUUCGGGGGACCUUCCGAUGAUCUGGCUGGACCCUCCACUUCGAGUGAUUCCGAUGAUGAUAAUGGUGGGGAAUUCCUUAUACAAGCUAACACACAGAAGCGCCAAAAACUUCAAGAAGGUGACCACUCCAAGAUUUUUGAACAUGUUGAGGUAGUUACUGAUGGAAGGCUAGCUAGUUUAGAUGUUAUGGAUGCAAAAGUUAGUGCUGAUGUGAAUAGGAAAAAAAAUGUUCGUGGAAGAGGGGGUUCUGGUUCGGGCAGGGGACGUGGUUCCCGAGUUACUGAUCAGACCAGAGCACAAAUUUCUUCUCCAGCAGUUUUGGCCCCGAAUGGUCAGCUUGACAAUGCAAGCCAUAGAGAGGGAAGACUCAAAGAUCAGAUUCGCAAUGACAAUUGCACUUCAUUAGAGGAGGAAAAUGCAUCUUUACGUGAAAAAGUUGUUGCAUUGGAGGAGGACCUGCGGAAAUCAAAACAAGAGAUGUCUGAUUAUCAGAAUCUUUCUUGCCAGUUAGAAAAGGAGCUAAAGGACCUGAAAGAUCAUGAACAGCAAAUGAAGCCUAAGAGGACAAGAAUAAUAUCUGAUUUGCUGAUAUCAGUUUCAAAGUCUGAGAGGCAAGAAGCAAGGUUGAAAGUACGACAAGACUCAUUGAGACUGGGAAAUGUUGGUGUAAUCAGAGCUGGAACUGUCAUAUCCGAGACCUGGGAAGAUGGCCAAGCAUUGAAGGAUCUUAAUGCCCAACUUAAACAAUUGAUAGAAACGAAAGAGGCUAUUGAGCGGCAGCGCAAGUUGUUGAAGAAAAAACAAUCUGAUAAAGGUGAGGGAACAGAUGCAGAUACUGGAUUACAAGAAGAUGAAGUUAUCAUUCAGGAUGAAAUCUACAAGUCUCGACUAGCUAGCAUUAAACGUGAAGAAGAAGUUAUUAUGCGGGAGAGGGAUCGUUAUGAACUAGAAAAGGGAAGGCUAAUACGUGAGAUGAAGCGCAUACGAGAUGAGGAUGGUUCACGAUUUAACAACUUUCAGAUUCUGAGCCAUCGAUAUGCUCUGUUAAAUCUUCUUGGAAAGGGGGGAUUCAGUGAGGUUUACAAGCAGGCUUUUGACUUGGUGGAGCAUAGAUAUGUUGCAUGUAAGCUUCAUGGUUUAAAUGCUCAAUGGAGUGAAGAGAAGAAGCAGAGUUACAUUCGGCAUGCAAUUAGGGAGUACAAUAUCCACAAAACCCUGGUGCAUCAUCACAUUGUUCGUUUGUGGGACAUCUUUGAGAUAGAUCACAAUACAUUCUGCACCGUUUUAGAGUACUGUAGUGGGAAGGAUCUUGAUGCUGUCCUUAAGGCAACACCUAUAUUGCCUGAGAGAGAGGCAAGGGUAAUUCUAGUUCAGGUUUUUCAAGGCCUCGUUUACUUGAAUAAAAGAACGCAGAAGAUUAUUCAUUAUGAUUUGAAGCCUGGAAAUGUUUUGUUUGAUGAGCUUGGCAUUGCCAAAGUGACUGAUUUUGGUCUCAGCAAAAUAGUGGAGGAUGAUGUGGGAUCUCAGGGUAUGGAACUAACAUCUCAGGGUGCUGGAACUUACUGGUAUUUGCCUCCUGAAUGCUUUGAGCUCAGUAGGACACCUCUUAUAUCGUCGAAGGUUGAUGUGUGGUCGGCUGGUGUUUUGUUCUAUCAAAUGCUCUUUGGAAGACGUCCAUUUGGCCAUGACCAAACUCAAGAGCGUAUCCUACGUGAAGAUACAAUUAUAAAGGCUCGCAAGGUUGAAUUCCCUUCUAGACCUACAGUUUCUACUGAGGCAAAGGAUUUUAUUCGGCGAUGUCUGACAUAUAACCAGGCUGAGAGACCAGAUGUAUUGACCAUUGCUCAAGAUCCAUAUCUUACCUACUCAAAGAAGUGAAAUGAUGUUAAUAGACACGGAUAAUUACCCCACAAGGCACAAAAGAUCAGAGGAACUAUCUAGUCAUCUUCUAACUGAAGUUAUUUGUUUACCUGUCAAAUUUUGUAUAGCUUGUAAAGGUUUUUGGAAUAUCAACCAUUAUAGCAGAGGAUGUUUCACGACAUUCAAGGGUAGUUGUGCUUUUCAAACGUUAACAUUUUCAUCAGGAUUUUUUUGGGGGGAAUUUGGAUCUCCUGCGAUCACAAAUUGGCUGCGUAAAAUGCAACCAGAGAGAGAGAAAAACAGAUAAGUAUUAAGAGGGAAAGUGAGCUCUCUAUAUAUAGUUCUACCUUCUGGUGUUAUCCUUUCUGAACAUUUGAUUACAGCACUCCUAAUUUGAAAUUUAUCUGAGUGAGUGAGUUGACCUCAAGGGUCGUGUAUUUUGUAUAGGUCUUGGCAAAUGAAAAAGCUUAAGUAAUCUUUUAUUUA